AACAAUUUUAAUGAUAAUGUGGCGCCGUAGCUGAUUUCUUAUACGGCGACGGUCUUGAAUGAAUCGCGAUCGUCGCCUCGGCUGCUAAGCGCGGAGCGGAGCGAGGGGCACGAUAGGCGUCACCUACUGAAUUUCGCUCGAAAUGUGCAGAUCGUGUCCAGCUCUGAUCUAUAAUAUUCUUUCCCCAUUAAUCUAUCUAGUUAUAUUUAAUAUAUCUAGUUAUAUUUAAUAUAUCUAGUUAUAUAUAAUAUAUCUAGUUUAAUUUUUAGUAUAUUAGCAGUUAGUAUUUCUUGUAGAAAUCAAUUUUCUUCAUGGUUACGUCAUUGUGACUUUACAUAAGGCUGCAUAUAAUCUAGCUUUAAAUCGCUCACACAGCAGCAACAGUAUUCCGUGAACUCUUGACUAAGUUACAUCGUAGUGAAAGUGACAAGAAGACAGUUUGCAACACUUAGAAGUUUGACAUACAUACGACCAUAACACUUCAGGAUAUUAUUCUACAGAUGUUAAACUGUCAAAAAGUGCAAAAAAAAAUUCGAUUUUUUCAAACCGUCACGCUAGUGAAAACAUGAUGGAUGUUAGCGAUACCAUUAAAGGUAUACCUAAGGACUUUAAUGAUGGUGAGAAAAAUAUCACUGAUGAUAAAUAUUCAAAGAAAAUUCACGAUCUACAUGACAAUAUUGAAUUUCCGAGUGAUUUUGAUGCUUGGACUGUGCAAGAACAACGUGACUGGGUGUAUAACAAUAUGACAGAACUUUAUUCAUAUAUACCGGAGAGUUUACAAUGUAUAAUCUCAGGUAUUUUCCGCCCAGUCGAUUUCCAUCGAUCACAGGAAAAGUUGCCUGAAUGGAUGGAUAUGGAUAAAUAUCGGAGAGGGCAAAAGUUUGUGCGCGACCAUUAUUGUUCGUUUGUCUUCAGCAUACUGCUGGGAACCGUGUACGGUUUAACUUUCAAUGAUGGUUUAAAACCACUUAUCAUAUCGAGAAAAAGUAUCACUCCGUAUUUAGCAUUUAAAAGAUUUCUCGAUACUGCAAUGCGGAUAUUUACAUGGUACGAAGGAGAACCUUGGGUCAAAGGAACGAAGGCCUACAAAGCCAUGCAAAUUGCACGUAUCAAGCACAUGAAUAUAACCACGAAGAUAUCCCGAAUGAAUAAGGAACAAGUAAAUGCUGCGAUCAAGAUCGCGUAUACGUUGUAUCCGGAGGACGAAUUAUUUCUGAAGGAUAUGGCCUCGAUAUAUCCGUCUGAGAAUCCGGAGCGACAUCGUAACAAAGUUUUGGAAACAUCCGAACUCACAAUAAAAGCUUUAAAUAAUACGACAGUGACAGUCGCACAGGGUAGCUUCAUUCUUUUGUCCAUAAUAUAUCCGCAGAAUACCGGACUACACAAUGCAACCGAUGAGGAUCUAGAGGCUUUCUGUCAUAUGUGGAAGUGCUAUGGAUAUUUUCUCGGAGCGGAAGACGAGUACAACUUUUGUCGUGGCAGCUUGGGGGAGAUAAAACAGCGCUUAUGGGAUUUGAGAAAUUGGAUUAUGAUUAAUUUUACAGACGUCACACCCGAAUGGAUGUACAUGAUCAGAUGUAUUACCGAAUCUAUUAAUUAUUACCCUUGGUUUUACAUGCCUUGUAAGGCAAUAACAUUAUUCUACAUAGAAGCAUUAAAUCUCAAAAUGCCUAACUUCUAUGCGUCAUUCAAUUAUAGCGAAUGGAUCAUGUAUAAAAUAUUUACAUUUUUCGUCCGUCAUUUGUUAAAAUUCUCAAUUGUGAGAACAGUUGCCAAUCAAUUCAUACGUAAAAUGCUUGACAGAGCAGUAAAUUUAAAGCCGGAGGAAUUAGCAAAGCUGCAAGAAAAAUCAAAACCAUAUCUGGAUUUUGUUACUCAAUCAUAAUAUAUACUUUAU